ACGGACACGCGACAAAAGUAAACAGGGGGGCCAGACGCGUCUUGGGUUCGGUAUGACGCGUUUUUUUAGCGACCAUCCCACUUUGCUGGACUUAUAAGCCCGAGUAAGACUCACCACAACUGAGUGAACGAGUGAGUGAGAGCAGAGCGAGCGUGAGUGAGUUGAGGGCGGCGGCCCAAGAUGUCAUGCAUUCUCGUUGGGCUGCAGUGGAACCGCCAUGUCUCUUGUCGAUUCCUGGGCGCGUCCAAUCAGCGGCGCUGCUGUGCCGGCUCGCCCCUCUGCAUCCCUCUCUAUCGCCGGCUUGUCUUCAGAUAAUGCCCUUCACAUGCCGUGCUGGCCGGGGUACGUAUCCCAAGCAGGCGAAUCAGGGACAGGGUUGCGAUCGAAUUCGCGGAGAGCCUAUCACUACGUAUCACCGGGCCCCCGUUUGCGGCCUCCGUCCGGCGGGUGCUGUGGAUGAAUUGAAGAGCCAAUUGCCCUCGAGAGCGGCCAUCAGCUGAGAGGGCUACGCGUUGUUGUACUCCAUAAUUCAAGUCGCGUAGACUGUCAGAUGGUGGUCAUCUGAGUUUCUGUAUACUUGGUAGGUAUCCGUAUGCAAUCAGUGCAAGUGGCAGAAAUGGCAAUGGCUU